AUGAAAGAAGCCAUCGUUUCAAAAGGACCAAAGGUCACGAUUAAAGAUUCGCCCAUCCCUGAACCACAGGCGGAUCAGGUUGUCAUUGAGGUUGUAGUCAGUGGAAACCUCGUACCCGACUACAAUGCCAACUCUGGCGACGACAUAGCAGGCUACGUCCACGCCGUCGGCUCCAACGUCUGGGAAUUCAAACCUGGCGACCGCGUCGCUUCGUUCCAUGAGAUGAUGACACCAGGCGGCUCCUUCGCAGAAUACGCUGUAGGCUGGUCUUGGACAACCUUCCACAUCCCCACAACCACCUCCUUCGAAGAAGCCGCCACGCUCCCCCUCGCGGCCAUGACCGCCGCCAUCGGCCUGCACCAACGCCUUGGCCUCCCCACACCCUGGAAGCCUGCCUCUGAACCCACCCCACUCGUCGUCUACGGCGGUGCCGCCGCCGUCGGCGCAUACGUGAUCAAGCUCGCCCGCCUCGCCAACAUCCACCCGAUCAUCGCCGUCGCCGGGCGCGCCGAGAAGUUUGUAGAAACGCUCAUCGACCGCUCGAAAGGCGAUACCAUCGUCGACUACCGCAAAGGCGACGAGGCAGUCGUAAAGGGCAUCAAAGAAGCGCUCAACGGCCAGAAACUGCACUACGCUUACGAUGCUACCAGCGAGCAUGGCUCGUACACGAACAUUGUCCAGGCCCUUGAACCCACGGGUCAUUUGACGCUCGUUCUGCCUGGGAAGAAGUACGAGGGUAUUCCGGAGAGCGUGAACAUGACGGUUACGACAGUGGGCGAGGCGCACAAAGGCGAUAAGGACUUUGCGUAUAUCUACUUCAGGUAUCUUGCGAGGGGGUUGGCGGAGGGAUUCUUCACACCACAUCCGCAUGAGGUUGUGCCCGGCGGGUUGGAGGGUGUGGAGACGGCGUUGAGGAAUUUGAAGGAGGGGAAGGCGAGUGGAGUCAAGUAUGUGUUUAAGAUUGGGGAGGAUGGGAAGGAGAAGUUGUAG